AUGUCGUCGGAUGGUAGAAAAAUCAUCCAAGUCCAACUAUCCAACAUAGAGCGCAACUACCGAAAAUUACAGUCAGAGUACAACUGGAAGCCAAUGUCGGAAACGAUUCAACAGUUCCGAGCCAAAUUUCCAUUACAAUUCGACGAUAAAGCUAGUUUAGUUUAUCGCACCGACCGGCUGAACUACAUAAAAUCUUCACAACCGAAACUAGCACAAGAAGUGAGAAAGCCACUGAAGCGAUAUGGAAGAUCGGAUGAAUCACGUCCUAUUGUUGAACCUUCCGAACCGUACCGUUUUGGGCAACUAUGCAAUAAACCUGUCGAUAGGCCGAAGGAUGUUACGUUCACUAACGCGAAAGGAUUUGCCCGGCUAGUUGAUCCGUAUCUUACUACAACAAUGAAGGACAUUGUACCGCAGGUGAAUCCGCUACAUGAUACGGUCACAUUUUGGAACUGGGCCGAUAGAGAAGAACGGGAGCGGAUUCCCAAGGCGGUCAAUUCUCUGCAACCCCGUAUGAUGAUUCCAGUAUUCAAGCACAAGCUAAAUAACGGUUUCGUCAGUGAAAUGCAAGCAAACUUUGUGAAGCCUGUGGAGAUGGAGUUCCGACUGGACCCUACAGUCGUCCGCCCUAUUGUACUGGAUCCCACCGAUCGUGCCGAGACUGUAACGGAGAACUCUAUGUACGGAGAUACGAAGAACUGUGCGAAAAUUCUAAAACAAAGAAAAUUUGAAUAA